AUGGGCGCUGUUCAAUAUCAGGGGGACGACGUUCUACCUGCCGCCAAUAUGAUAUAUGAUCAAUCGAUCACCAUUCCAGGUUGCGCUCCUGCAGAUGUGUUUCCGUGGCUGGUUCAAGUUGGCGCAGGCCGUGCAGGCUGGUAUCUCCCAUUCUGGGUAGAAGAUUUAUUGGUACCAAAACGAGCACGUGCAAGCAGGUCCAUUCGGCCGGAGUGGAUCGAUCUGAAGCCUGGAAGCAGAGUCUACGAUUACAAAAUGCCAUUUGUGGACCCUGAGACACCUUGGUUUGAUGUCGUCCACAUCAGCCCAUCCUCAAGUGAUGGUCAUGGAGAAUAUCAAAAUGAUGAGAGAAGCCUGGUGUACCGCAGUGAGCGAUACGGAUGUGUUUUCACAUGGACGUUAAUGGCUCGCAAACCCGAAUCUGAUAAAGCUGCUUACUCAAAAAACACCAUUGCGCAGCCAGUAUGUCAGGUUCACCUGCGAUUUAGAGGUCAAAUUCAAACCACAGGUUGGAAAAGGAGCUUGAUUGCUUGGGGAGGCGGAAUUAUGGAUUACUUGACAACAGCCCCUAUGCUACUCGGCCUGAGGGACCGUGCAAUUGCAGCGAAGGAACAGAGGACAGAGUGA